AUGGGCGUGGGUGGAGGGGGGGGGGGUGGGCCUGCUGGGGUUGUCGGGGGUGGGUGCGACGGGGGGGUAGGGCGGGGGGGGGAGGGAAAGGUGGGGGGGGGGGGGCGUGGGGGUGGGGGGGGGGGUGGCGGGCGUGGGGGGCAUGCUGGGAGGUGGUGGGGGGGGAUGGGAAGUGGGAGGGGGGGGUGUGAGUCGUUGGGGGUUGAAGGGGAGGGCGGGGGGAGUGGGUGGGCGGGGCAGUUCGGGAGGUGGGUGGGUGGUGGGGGGGAUGGUUGGGUGUGCUGGUGGUACGGAUUCGGGGGGUGUGGGGGGGUAGGGUGUGUGGGACGGAGUUGGGGUGGGGUGGGGGGCGGGGGGAGGGUUGGGGAUGAGUGGGGGUUGUGGAGGGUGGGGGGGGGGGUGGGGGGGGUGGUGAGGCGGACCGGGAGUGGGGAGGGGCGGGUGGCGGCGGGGGGGUUGGAGGUGGGGGGGGUGCUUGGGUGGUGGGGUGGGAGGUGUGGAGGGGGUGGGGUGUGGAGGGAGGGGUGUGGUGGGGGGGGGUGGGGGGGUGUGGGGAGGGUGGUGGUGGCGGGAGGGGGUGGGGUGGUGGGGGUGUCUCGCGGGGUUGUAGGCGGAGGGUGUGGAGGGGUGGGGGGGGGGAGGCGAGGGGGGAGGGAGGAAGGGGGUGGGGGGGGUGGGGGGGGGAGUGCGCGGGGGGGAGGGAUCGAUGCGGCGUGGGGAGGGGGGGGUGGGUGGGGGGGUUGGGGGCAGUUUGCGGGUUGGAGGGGGGAGGUGAUGCGGGGGGGGGGAGAGGGUUGGGGGGGGGGUGCCGUGGUCGGGGGAGGGGGCGGCGUGGGGGGGGAGUGGGGGGGGGGGGAGGGGGGGGGGGGGGGGGCGGUGGGGUGGCGGGGGGGUGGGUGCGGGGGGUGGGGGGUGGGGGGGGGGCGGGGUGGGGCUGGGCUAGGGGGUAGGGGGGGGGAGGGGGGGAGGCGGGGAGAGGGCGCGGGGGGGGGGGGGUGUUGGCUGUGGGCGGUGUGGGUAUGUGAGGGGGGUUUGGGUGGUGGUGUGAGUGUGGGUGGCUGUGGGGGGGUGUGUGGGGGGUGGGGUGGGGUGGGGGGGGUUGAGUUUGGUGGGGGUAGGGUCGGGAGGGUUUGUGUGGGGGGUGAAUUGGUGGGUGGCGGGCCUUGUGGUGGUGGCUGCUUGGGGUUGAGCUGGGGGGUGGGGCGGGUGUUGGAGCCGGGUCGUUGGGUGUGGGGGGGGUGGUGCGGAGCGUGGGGCGGUUGUCGGUUUGGAUUCGUGGGGUUUUGGUUUGUGGGGUGGGUGGGGGAUGUGUUGGGGUGGGUGUGGGGUGAGGGAGGUUGGCGGGGGGGGGGAGGGGUGUGGUGGGCCCGGGUGUGGGGGACCCAUCUCUCCAACCCUCACACCACCCCCCCCACACCCCCCCACUCAGGGGCGUGGGGGGCGGAGGGGGGUGCUUGGGGGGGGGCGGGAGAGGGAGGGUGUGGAGUGUGGCGAAGUGGGUUGGGGUCUUAUGGGGUAGGGGACGGGGGGAUAUGGAGGGGGGGGGGGAUGCUGGGUGGGGUUGGGGUGGGGGAGGGCGGUGGGUUAGGUGGGUGGGGGGGGAAAGGGGGACGAGUGGGGGGGGCGGAGAAGGGGGGGGCGGUGGCGUGGGGGGGGGGGGGGCUAAAUGGGGGGAGUAGGAGGGUGUGGGAGGGGGGGCGGGGGUAG